UCGGUCCAGUCCAAUAACCGAUUUAUGUCUUGUUACUCCCUUGUAAAUGGACGAAUGAGCGUGUCAACCACCUGACGGAAAUAAUAAAUUGUCAUGGCCGAGCUAGUGGCCGGCGUCGAAAGCCUGCAAGCUCUCCCAGAUGAAGUUCACUGGUUUUGCGAAAGGCGUGGCGAUGAUGGCGAAGAUCCGAACGAGACGAAUUUCGAACAGCAGAACGGAAAUGCUAUUGAUAGAGCCAGAGAAGCCGAGCAACGGAGGGGCGCAGUUUUCAUGUCCUUGCAGCUGCUUGCAUACGAUGGUGAAGGCAUCCAACACUAUCAGCAGUACUUGCGGGAUGGAUUGGAUCGGCAGAUGGUGAGAUGUGACACAUGUAUCCGCGAGUAUCACAAGGGAAAAAAGCAAAUGAUGGAGAGAUUAAGACAUGAUUAUGAUGACCAAGACGUUCUUCAGUUCUGCAAAAUCUUUGACGAUAAGGAUAUUCAGCGGAUAAAGGCGGGCUUGACGAGCGCGCUGUCUUCUUUGCUCGCUACUCCUCCGGAGAAACGCGGACCGGGCGCUCUCCACCCUACUGCGAUGCACGCCAUCUUUGAGUCCUUGAGUUGUGAAGCGUUCCUGACUGACGAUGACCUCCUUCAAUCAUAUUUCGAUGAGCCCUUCCGCUUAAUGCAGGUCAAGCGCACUCUCAAACUCGGAUACUGCGUUCCUGCAAUGACGUGUUUCCUAUUCGACCCUCAACCCUUUAGGCUUCAGUGGGCGGUCAACUCCUGGUCCAAGUUCACGAGGAACAUCACUUCCGAUGAGUUUGACUGGGCGGUCAGAGAGCAGCUUAUCAGAGUCUUGACCCGAGCAGCUGGCCCAGAGAUUGACAUUAAUCUCAUAAAACGGCUCUGGGAUGGGAUGAAGCUUGUCGUAAAUAAGCUUGACAAGGAUCUCAUCACUCAUUCUCUGCGCGCUAUGGAUAUUGACGUAUGCCGAAUGGCAUUGGAGCAUCUUCAGUUCGACACACCAGGCUUCCACUCGCUUCUGCAGACAAUUGUUCUCUUACUAGAAAAGUCUCCAGAGGACUUUUGGGACUCCAUGGGAGCUAUCUCUCCGUCCACUGUCGUUGAGCAAAUUUUUACGAAUCCCUACCUCGUCCGCACACUACGGCAAGACAGCGGUGACCACCUCGCCGUAACCCCAGCGGUUAAUGACAUGCUGGCAUGGAUUGAGCCAUUUAUGGCUUCUCUCAAACCAGCAAACCAGCCUCCAGCCUGUCGGUCAAUCGUCUUGCAGCUGAUUGAUCGUUUACAGACCGACCAGUUCCCUGAGUCAUCAAGGAUCUACUGCUAUCAGAAGGGAGUGCAAGUACUGGUACAAACACUGAGUAAUUUCAAUGAAGAUCAGUCCGUUUUUGGCUCCGUUGGUCGCAUAGUAGUCUCUGACACCCUUGAAGUGGCAAGCACUUACGUCGGGGGUAUUCUGACCGUGGCGCGCUCAUCAUCACAUGUGGGCCAAAAUGUAGCUUCAGCCUGCAUGGAUGUCGUUCGCAACGCCUUAUCGCUGGAAUGUCGAGCUUUAAAAGCGGACCAUGAGAUCCUAGAGGCUGAACAGGCAUUACAGCAUGGGGGCAGUUCGCACUCGAAUGUCAUAUGGGAUGCUGUUGUUAAGAACCUUGAGUCAGAUAACAUGCCUCUUGCCAAGGCCGCCCUGAGAGCAGUCAUGCCUCUGGUUGGUUUGGAGAAAUUCAAUCUCAGGACGGAGCAAACCCUGGUUAAAGAGAAAAGCCGAUUCAAUGACACAUUUAGUCAUCUUACUCACUGGGUUUUUCGCAUAUUGGAAAAGCUAAACGACUUUGAUCCGGACGAUCUAGACGAGCUUUUUAAAAACAAAGAAACCGCAAGCACGUUGAUUUCUGCAUUGUUCUCUGCAGAUGAAAAUACUUACCAUGCAGCUCUGGAACUCAUUAAGACCGUCAGCGCCCAAUUUGGCAGAAAGGAGGCGAUAGCCCAUCUCCUGAAAUCUUUCUUCGACGUCACCAUGAGUUGUCUGGCUUGGGCGAUUCGACGUAUUGCCAAUAAAGGCACAUUUGCCUCUGUUCCACGGAUGCUUAAGACUUGCACCGAUGUAAUUGACAUCCUCUGUAAUUUGCAAGAUGGAUUGCUUCGCAGUAAAACGUUGAACGGCGCGGAAGAAGUCACAUCAGUUGAAAUGUUCUGGCAAUACCAGUGGCAAGCUUUGAGAGUAAUUUUUGAGCGAACCGAAAGCUGGAGUCAGCGGGGCAACGAUAAAUCGGUGAUGAUGGAAUUUUGCAGAGAUACGAUGGAGUUUGCUGAGAGGCUUUUUGAACAGUACUCUGCAUUCUCAAGCGCUAUUGAUUCGGCGGAUAGUAUUGAGCGCGACCAGGCUAAAGGAUCCGGGGAGAAGAAUGCGGGAAGGAAGUUACUGGAACAUCCAGUUCUGACCUUGAACUCGAUGGCAAAAUGGCUUAGACUUAGAGACGAGUAUCUUGCAAACACACUGGUGGCCCUCCUUACAAAGAUUCUCGGUCGUCUUGCUGAUUGGGGAAUGACCAUCGGAGACGAUACAUACGCAUACAUCGACGGUGGUAUCAUUGGAGGGUCGGUCAGAAAUGUCCUCCCACUUCAGUCAAAAGCAGAGCUCUCCAGAGCACUAGAAGGUCACCAUGGUCCGCAACGGCCGUCGACCAAGGACACAAAGUCCGUUCCAGCGCAAAGCAAAAGGCAGAGUACAUUGGCUGGAUGGGCACAGCCUGGCGUUGCGCCUUCUGUCACUGGACCCAGAGGACCAAGGCAGGAGGCACUCAAUCUUGAGGCUUGGAGAGCAAAGGCCAAGUCGCCCAGAGACGUCAUCGAUAUCAGCGACGAAGAUGAGUAUGGCGGAUCCAGUACUCUCAAUGACGAUAUACUGGAUCUUUCCAAGUCGGUCGAAAAAGCCCGCCCUCUUUUACAAAAAUUCAAAGACCAGCCUGCGCGAGUACCUGCGCUCAGGGCACCUUCACGAGACGCCGAUGGAUUGACAUUCCGUGAAAGACGUGAAAAGGAGAAGGAAGCGAAGAAACGCCGCGAUCUCGCUGAACUGGCUCGCGUCAAGAAAAACCUACCGCCAACCGGUGUCGCUGAGCAGACCUCGGAGGAAGGUUCAGGGCUUCGAGGCAUUGGCGUAAGAGGUAAAGACCAUGCGCCACAGGGUUCGAUCAUGAUGGUACCGUCCGACUCUGAAUCGGACUCUGAAAUGGAUGAAAUGGACGCAGAGUUGUUUGGAAAAGCACCUAAAUCUUCAUCGGCUGUCAAAGACUACGAGAGGAGCAAAGCCGAUGCACUGAAGCAGAUGGAGCGCCAAGGACCCGUUAAGAAGAAGAGGCAGGUUCGAUCUGCAAAGGACAUGCGCGCUCGAUUAGCGCCCGACCUUUCGCCCCUUCACAAAACGAUUCUUAGCUGGGACUUCUUCGCCGAGGGAGACUUCCCUCCUAGCUCUGACCGUCACGACUACAGUCUUGUCUCGAAUACGUUCAGAACCCCGAUCGAUUAUCAGCGGGUCUUUGAGCCUUUGCUUGUGUUGGAAGCAUGGCAAGGUUUCCUCAAAGCCAGGGAAGAGGGAAACUUUAAACCUUUUGAGAUCAAAGUUGCCAAUCGUCUGUCCGUAGACUCUUUCAUUGAGGUCAGUACAACUGUUUCCGUUGCUGAUGGAAAAGACCUUGGAAUUGGCGAAGCGGAUAUUAUUCUUAUGUCGAAAGCGAAAUCACCGACCCAGGGACACGAUCAACCACACUGUCUUGCUCGAGUAUUUAGAGUGACGCGGAAGAAGAACAUUAUUGAAAUCUCCUAUCGUGUCGUUCCUGGAAACCCGCUCAUCAGCUCUCUUGCUCCAAAUGUCACACUGUGGGGUGUGAAGAUUUCUUCGAUCACGCCGCUUGAAAGAGAGUAUGGUGCUCUGCUUGGUCUUCAGUAUUACGAUCUUUGCGAUGAAAUUAUCAGAGCUAAGCCAUCUCCGCUGCUCAAUUAUACGGAAAAGCAGCUCAAGUCCAUCUUUGACAUUUAUGGACUGAAUCUGGCACAAGCCAAGGCUGUACGAUCAGCCGUUGAUAAUGAUGCAUUUACUCUUAUUCAAGGUCCACCGGGAUCGGGAAAGACGAAGACAAUUGUUGCUAUCGCAGGAGCACUACUAACAACAAGCCUCGAGGAAAAGGGUGUGGCUAUCUCUCGCCCACAAUUCAACAAUGGACUCAAUCUUCCCGGACCUCGCGGAGGUGCACCAGCCAGGAAGCUAUUAGUCUGCGCACCAAGUAACGCAGCUGUGGACGAGCUGGUUAUGCGUUUAAAGGAGCCUGUGAAGACAUUGAACGGAGAACCCAAACCCCUGCGAGUUGUCCGUAUCGGCCGUAGCGACGCGAUAAAUGCCAAUGUCAUGGACGUCACCUUGGAAGAGCUGGUCAAUGCAAAGCUCAACCUGGCAAACGGCAAUAAGAACAACCCUGGCGACGAGAUUCACAAAAUCAUGAUGGAACACAAGGCCACAUCUGACGAGCUUAACGUGGUGCGGACAAUCCUUGACGAGGCGCGCGCCAAAGGCGAGCAAGCGGCGGAGCAGCAGCGGAACUUUGAGCUCUUGAAGCGCAAAAAGGCCAUGCUCAGUACACAGCUCGAUAAUGCCCGCGACCGCGGUAAUACUGCGGCAAGAGAUGCAGAGAUCAACCGAAGACGCGUGCAGCAAGAAAUUCUCGAUCAAGCUGAUGUUAUCUGCGCAACUCUCAGUGGUAGUGGACAUGACAUGUUUCAGAACUUGAACAUUGAGUUCGAGACUGUCAUAAUCGAUGAGGCGGCCCAAUCAAUUGAGUUGAGUGCGCUCAUUCCGCUCAAGUAUGGUUGUUCUAAGUGUAUCCUCGUCGGAGAUCCAAAGCAGCUUCCUCCUACUGUUCUAUCGAGAGAGGCUGCUCGUUUCCAAUACGAGCAGAGCUUGUUCGUCCGGAUGCAGGGCAAUCAUCCCAAUGAUGUUCACCUUCUGGAUACUCAAUACCGUAUGCACCCGGAUAUUAGUCGGUACCCAAGCAAAGCCUUUUAUGAUGGAAAGCUCUUGGAUGGACCUGGAAUGGAUCAACUCAGGCAAAAGCCUUGGCAUGCAAGCGGCGUUUUGGGGCCGUAUCGGUUUUUCGAUGUGCAAGGACAACAUCAGAGCGCACCCAAAGGCCACUCUCUCAUUAACGUUGCCGAACUCAAUAUUGCCUUAAUGUUGUUUGAUCGCUUGAUUACCGAUUUCCGAGGCUAUGAUUUUAAAGGAAAAGUCGGCAUCAUCACACCUUAUAAGAGUCAGCUUCGAGAGCUCAAGACGAGAUUUGCCGCCAAAUAUGGCGAAUCGAUCCUGUCUAGUGUUGAUUUCAACACGACCGAUGCUUACCAAGGUCGUGAGAGUGAAGUCAUCAUCUUUUCUUGCGUGCGAGCUUCUUCCAGUCGCGGAAUUGGUUUCUUGGCGGAUAUUCGUCGUAUGAACGUCGGUCUUACUCGUGCAAAGUGCUCCUUGUGGGUGUUGGGAAAUUCACAGUCUUUGGUCCAUGGCGAGUUCUGGGCGGGUCUUAUCACGGAUGCGCAAAGCAGAGGACUCUACACCUCCGGUGAUUUGAAAAAGAUGCUCGCUAGGCCUUCGGCCAGCGGAGAGACUUUGAACUACAGCAAUGGCUUCGGAGGCGACUCUGAUAUCGAAAUGCCAGAUGCGCCGACUGCCGGCUCUGCAACUCCUUCUGAACCUGAAUUUCCUGUGCAACCCCCUGCGCCUCAGAGACGUGAUUCGAAAAAGUCCUCAGAGGCAACCACGGCCAAACCUCCGGCUCCAAAGAAGAAGAAAAAGUCGGCAGACAUGGGAACUACAAACGCUCCUCAAAAGGCGCUGUCCGCACCAUCGGGCGCUCUUCUCAACCCCGCCGACAAGAAAAUAACCCUUGGUACAAGUGGUACCAGCACGCCAGGCAGCAAGAGUCAUGAUGAGUCUGCUCAAACGGAUGCCGGCACGAGCCAUUGCUUCCGCUGUGGCGACACUUCUCAUACUAGAAUUCAUUGCAAGGCUGUUCGUUGUCUCCAAUGCGGCGCCUUUGGUCAUGUCACCAAUACCUGCCCUAACCCAAAUGCUCUACCUGCCAGAGACCGCAAACGGCUCCAGGACAAAGAGGACGCGCAUUAUAGGAAGCAACAAGAAUUCCAGGACAAGCAGCGAGCCCGGCAACUUGGAGAACAUGAUUCCAAGAUUCCUUCUAUCAAUGUCACCAGACGUACGCCUCCGCUGGAGGAUGGACUGCCUAAGAAGCCGCCCGUUGCACCAAAGGGGUUUGGAAAGCGACCUCGUGAACCAUCGCCGCCAACGGACUUGCCUGCUGUGAAGCCAGGAGACGUCAAGUCAAAAUCUCGAAUUGAAAAUACGCCUCAGAACCUUCCAAGCAAACCUGUCCCUGCCGGAACUCAUCCUCUGCCACCGAGACCUGUGAGUUCAGCCCCUGAACCUGCACCUGAUCCCGGGCAAAAUAGACCCAUGCCGAACCCUAUUCGCGGUCCACCUCCGCCCAAGCGCCGCAAGGAAGUCGAUCCGUUUAUUCGGCCAAAGAAGAGAGGCCCCAGGCCUUAGAUGUUUUGUCUUCUUCCCUCCGAACACAACCUUGCUCUCCACCUCAAUUUUGACCGGAGAUUCUUUCCGUUGUCAUCAUCUUAUCGCCAUCUCAUCGUCGCUACAACGGCUAUGCCGGUUGUCUAGCAUCGCAUCGAUUCCUCAAUUCAUCUUCGCGAACUGGCACGGUUAUUAAAAUCUUUCUCUUCUAUUCCACACCGGGCGCAUCAAU